AUGGCUGCUCCUCAAGUAAAGAGCUCCUCCGAGCUCACCAUGGCCGUUCUCGGCUGCGGAACAAUGGGUAUCGCCAUCCUCUCCGGCAUCCUCACCUCCCUCACCUCCCUCGCCUCCUCCCCCUCCGACCCGCCCACCUCGCCACCCGCUCUCCCGCGGCACUUCAUCGCCACCGUGCGCUCCCAAUCCUCCAUCGUCAAAGUCGAGUCCGCCCUCUCCCCGCUCGUCAAGCCCAACGUCAGCACCCUCCGCGUGUUGCAGUCCACAUCCAACGUCUCCGCCGUCGCCGAAGCCGACAUCAUCCUUUUGGGGUGCAAACCCUACAUGGUCUCCGGCCUGUUGUCCGCCAGUGGGAUGAAGGACGCCCUGACCGUUAACCACCAGGAAGGCCAUGUGCGCAAGCAGAAGAUCAUCAUCAGCAUCUGCGCCGGCGUGACGGUCCCGCAGAUCGAGCAGAUUUUGCGCGAAGACGUGGGCAUGGAGGGGAAUGACCUGCCCAUUGUCGUGCGUGCCAUGCCGAAUACCGCUUCCAAGAUCAGGGAGAGCAUGACGGUCAUUAACACCGUUGAGCCGCCCCUUCCUGAUUCUGUCACCGAACUUCUCACCUGGAUUUUUGAGCAAAUCGGAGAAGUCGCUUUCCUGCCCCCCUCGCUUAUGGACGCCUGCACUUCCCUUUGCGCUAGCGGCACGGCGUUUUUUGCGCUGGUGAUGGAGGCGGCGGCUGAUGGAGGCGUUGCGAUGGGGAUCCCGAGGGCGGAGGCGACCAAGAUGGCGGCGCAGACGAUGAGGGGUGCUGCGGGGCUGGUGUUGGAUGGAGAGCAUCCCGCGAUUUUGAGGGAGAAGGUUAGUACCCCUGGCGGGUGCACGAUUGGUGGGUUGUUGGUGUUGGAGGAUGAGGGUGUGAGGGGUGCGGUUGCGAAGGCGGUUAGGGAGGCGACUGUUGUUGCGAGCUUGUUGGGGAGUGGAGCGAAGAAUGUUAAUGGGACUAGGCAUUAG